GUCCACUAUACUGUACUAGAAGGCUACUUGUUCUUCACCUUUUUUGUUUAGUUUUUUCUUCGAUGUUUUUUUCAUUUGUCAUGAGCCAAUUAUAUUUGCAUGAUGUGACUAAUCUUAGCAGUGGCUAAUAAAUACGUCCGGAGCCGGCAAGGACUUCUUUCCGGUCGCCGCUCUUUCAAUUGAGGCGAUUACUAGAGAUUUUUUCAACUUUUCAACAGUAGAUGAUGUGUGUAGAGUAGCUGACUGGCCAGUCCAGCUUAUUUGCUCCUAGCAGGAUUUCAACGGUCUAACUAGUUUCGACGUUAUUUUUGUGGAUCAUCCUUUUCAGGGGUUAAAUGGUCUCACUAGUUUCAACGUAAUUUUUUGUGGAAUCUUCAUUUAUAGAGGUUUAAUAGUAUUACUAGUUUCAACGUUAUUUUUGUGAAGUCACAUUCUCCUAUGACAUUUAUUGUACUUUGAUAAAAUAACUAGUGUUUGACGUUGCCAACAAUCUUUUUGUAAAUUCGUUAUUUCCAAUGGUGAAUUUGAAAUAUCGUUUUUAAAAAUGUGUAGGCUAUUGUUUUAGACAUUUGGUUGGGAUCGUAGACAAUUUGAAAAUUACAUUGAAUUAUAUGUUAUUAGGAAACUGCGAACGGUAUUUGUGAGAUUAUUCUAAAAACAUUUUUUGAAAUAGUUUCAAGUAGAUAAUAGUUUAAUGAAAUAUCUUUGAAAAUAUAUGUUAGAACAAAGGUCUAGGAAGGAUCAAUAAUUAUAUUGUAUUGAUUGGUUAUGGUGCAAUUAACUUACAUUGUGGUUUAUAGAUCUAACGGUAUUAUUUAUUAGGUUGAACUUCAAUAGAAAUAAUAAGGAAAGUCAACUUCUUCAUAACAAAUAUGAUAGGUUUAAGGGCGGCUAUAGCGCUUUCUGUAGUCUACCUAGCAUCAGCUCAACCAGUGGUCACUAGACAAAAAGUAAACAUGACCGUAUUCUACGAAGCGCUGUGCCCAUAUUCAAUAAACUUCUUCAGAGAUCAACUACCUGUAGUCUGGCCACUAUUUGAGGAUUACCUCAAUAUAGAGCUAGUUCCUUAUGGAUUUGCCGAGCAAUCCUAUGAGAAUGACACGUGGUACUUCAGUUGUCAGCAUGGGAGUCAAGAAUGUACUUACAACAUGUACCACGCCUGUGUCCUCGACAAACUACCCAUUGUCAAGGCCGUCAACAUAAUCGGCUGUCUUAUGGCUAAUGAACAGGAACAACUCUUUUUCAGAAAAUGCACAAGGAAAACGCAGGAGACAAAAGCGGACAUAAAGCAGUGCAGUAAAGGUGAGGAGGGGAGGCACCUGAUGUCCGGCUAUGGCAAUAGGACACGUGACUUCCAGCCCGAAAUCAAAAUGAUGCCAAGUAUUGUCUUCAAUGGG